AUGAGGCUGGGACAUCCCCAGAGAGCGAAGGAUAGAGGUUACUUUGAAGAUAACUCGCACAACUGCCUCAGGUGUAACAUGAUACCCCUUAUCUUCUCACCAGAAGGCUUAUCUCGGGGCAACCGGGUACGGAUCCAGAUGCAGUGGACAGCACCCGCACCAGCCUCGCAGUGGGUGCAGGAGGCAGACACGUGCACCCUGGGCGGCACCGCUGGCGCGCUUUUCUCACAGUUGUUGGCAACACUGGCACACGCUCAGUGCCUGCUGUCAGAUCGCAGUGCCUACCCACCGGACACAGCGCAUCCGCUACCAGAGUAUGACUUCGUGGUGGUCGGCGCCGGGUCCGCUGGGUGUGCAGUGGCCGCCCGCCUCUCGGAGAACCCUGCCUGGAGGGUACUGCUGCUCGAAGCGGGUGGUGACCCGCCGCCUGUCUCAGAUGUGCCCGCACUCACAGCGACACUUCAAAGGACUGAGGUAGACUGGUCAUACUUGACAGAGCCUGAUGGACGCACUUGUCUGUCCCAUGUCGGUGGACAGUGUUCAUGGCCCUGUGGCAAGGUGCUGGGCGGCUCCAGCGUGAUCAAUGCUAUGAUCUACAUCCGAGGCAGCCCGCAAGACUAUGACAGCUGGGCUGCUCUGGGCAACGACGGUUGGUCCUAUCAGGACGUCCUCCCAUUCUUCAGGAAGCUGGAAGACUUUGAUGAAGAGGAUCUGAAGAGGAGACCACACACAGAAGUGGUACAUGGACGCGGUGGACCCAUCCACGCUGCCAAACCAGCUAUGCUAGACCCUGGACAUCAGGUUGUGGAGGCAGCUGCAAAACGACUUGGCUACACCAUCAUUGAAGAUUUCAGUGCUGAGCCAAAUCUGGGCUUUGGACAGGUUCACUGCACCAUCAACAAUGGUUCGAGGUGGAAUGCAGCUCUCGGCUACUUAGCCCCAGCCAAAGAGAGAAACAACCUACACGUAGUGAAGUCUGGCUAUGUAACGAAGGUACUCAUCAAUACCACAACCAUGACAGCUGAUGGAGUGCAGUAUUUGAAAAAUGGUAAAUUGAUGGAAAUCAGGGCCACAAAGGAGGUAAUUCUGUCAGCAGGAACUAUCAACACGCCAUACAUCCUAAUGCAUUCUGGUAUUGGGCCAAAGGAGCAUCUAGAGGACAUUGGAAUAAUGGUGGUGAAAGACUCUAAGGUCGGUCACAAUUUGCAGUUACACAUACCAUAUACAGGGUUGUAUUAUACUAGGAAGCCCGUACAGGCCAAAUCGGCAGAGGAAGACGUCUUUGAGUACCUGACAAACAGGACUGGACCUUUAUCAACUACAGGAAUGAGCAGCUACUUGGGAUUUGUACAGACGGAUAAAAUGGCUCAUCACAUCCGAGGGUUACCGGACAUUCUGUUGUAUUUUCUGACGGCACAGAAAUCACUGGCCAGCGUGAUUGCCAACAUUUUCAACUAUGACUGGGAAGCAACAGAGGCACUGAAGGAGAUGCUGGAUGAUGAGGAAGCGCUCCUGGUUUUGCCAACACUGCUGGCACCACGCAGUCGUGGCCGUGUCAGACUCAGGAAUGCAGGACCCAUGGUCCCGCCCGCUAUCGAACCUGGCUAUUUCCAGGAUCCACGCGAUCUGGACAACCUUUUGGCCGGCGUGGAGGUAGCACAUCGGUUGGGCAAUACGGGGCCAAUGCAUACUGCGGGCUACUCAGUACGCGACCUGCCACUGGGGGCAUGCGCUGGGCAGCAGCCACUGACCCGGGACUAUUGGCACUGUGUUGCGCACCACCUACUUCUGACACUCCACCCGGUUGGCACUGCCAAGAUGGGGCCACCUAGCGACUCUGACGCAGUCGUCGAUUCCCAACUUCGCGUCCAUGGGGUGCGCAACUUGAGGGUGGCCGAUGCAUCCAUCAUGCCACUCAUUGUGCACUCCAACACCAACGUACCGUCCAUCAUGAUAGGCGAGAAGUGCGCCCACAUGGUGACCCAGCACUGGCGGCGACAAUACAGCGAGGCUUAUGUCUAA